GUUGGAACACGCCAUUCACUCUCUUCUACCUCCUCGUCUAUCUCCGGUCCAUUUCGGAGAAAUUUUCUUAAGAAAUGGGACUAAAUUGCGAUUUACUCUGCCAGUUUGGAGACAGGCUCUAUUUUACAACAUUUCCACAAUCUGCACCGAAUCCUGCAGUCUUGAACAAACACUGCAAUGAAGAUGACAACCGGCCGCGUAUACGAACGCGUAAUCGUGCAGAGCCAUCGUCUGCGUUGGACGACAUGGCGUCCUAUUACUUUUUUACCAUUGAUGACCAGCUGCUUUACCUGUCAUUCUUCCAAGACUGGGGUCCACUCAAUAUUGCGAUGGUCUACAAGGCUUGUAUACUCAUUCACGAGCUUUUGGAGGAUCCCAAUCUCGCGCAGUACAGGCUCGUUCUUUACUCUUCCGAUGACCCCAGACGGAAGGCCAAUGCAGCUCUUCUGAUGGCGCUCUAUGUAAUGAUCGUCCAGCGGCGAGCUCCAUGGGAGGCCUUCCACCCCAUUGCAGAAGUGGAGUUUAUGCCAUUCCGUGAUGCCGGCCGGGGCCCCUCAGAUUUCAAUCUCAAUAUACAGGACUGUCUCUGGGGGAUCUGGAAAGCCAUGCAGAAUGGUCUAUGUGAUAUGAACGAGUUCGACAUUGAGGAUUAUGAGUUUUAUGAAAAGGUAGAAAAUGGUGACUGGAACUGGAUAACACCCAAUUUCAUCGCGUUCGCCUCACCUGUCGACUCGGCUUGGAUAAAGAAGGAGAAGGAGUCGAAGGAGUCGGCGGAAUCUGGCACAUCAUUGUAUUCCGCUGCAUCUUCCACAAAAAACCUCGCAUUGCAGCGCAAGCUCCCCACACCAUUCCUUAACUGUCUCGAUUACUUCGAGAAGCGAAACAUCAAGCUCGUCGUGCGCCUUAAUACCAAACUUUAUGAUCGAGACACAUUUUUGGAUCGUGGGGUUGAUCAUAUGGAACUCUAUUUUGAUGAUGGUACCAAUCCGACAGAUGAGAUUGUGCGGACCUUCAUCGACACCGCAGAUAGGAUAAUCGAAUCCGGUGGCGUGGUCGCCGUUCACUGUAAAGCUGGCUUGGGACGAACGGGUACACUAAUAGGUGCAUACCUCAUAUGGAAGUAUGGUUUUACAGCGAAUGAAGUGAUUGCGUUCAUGCGUAUUGUUCGACCGGGUAGCGUUGUUGGCCCCCAGCAACAAUUCAUGUAUUUGAAACAGCUGGAGUGGUCCAAGUGGGCAGCGGUUGAUGAAAUACAGAGGCAGCAAAGAGCGAACGCGAUACCACCAGAACCUGCACCUAUGGUUACUCCUGCGACACCUCCGGCUGAUACAGACGAAGAGAUCGGACGCAUUGAGAUGACCACCCCCCCGCCAACUGGCCCAGCGUAUCCCCCUGUAACUCCGAGUAGGCAUGUUGCAGCGGCGGCUGCUCAUGCCAAAUCCAUUGCUACACCUGGCCAGCCCCGGAAGACGCCAUCAGGCAAAAGAAUCGCGCGUGAAGCUAUUGACGAGAGCGAAUCAGACGAAGACACAGAUGAUGUUCUUCCCCUCCCCGCUAUGCCGAUGACGCGCAACAAGAGCAAAACCGCUCUGGUGACGAAGAUCACAGCGUCGGAAAGACGGCCCACUCGAGUGACUAGAUCGACAGCUGGUGCAGCAGCUAUUCGAAAGGCGGGCACGGGCAUCAAGCCCCCCGUAUCACCCGUUAAAUCCACAGGCCAACAACCUCCGAACAAAAUACCUAGACUCGCUACGACCAAGACAACGACUGCUGCGAAAGCUGCCGCUGCGCGUCAGAAACCUGUUCCUGUUCCCGCCGCCAUAACACGGCGACCUCUACCCUCUCCCGCACCCUCACGUCUCCCUACGUUGAUUCCCUCUAAGCGACCUCACCACGCGUCAACACUCACCGAGGUUGCCAAUGCUACCACGAAAAAGGCUGGUCCUACUUCUGAUGCAUGGAUGACAACCAAUGCCGCCGCCGUUGUGGUUCCUGGGAGCAAGACUGCACGACCGGGGUUGAGGAGUAUACGGCGUCGACGGAGCAGCUUUAGCUCUGCUGACGUUGUUGCAUGACGUGUUGCGUUUUCUCUUCUCUCGUGCUUAGCUCGUACAGUGUGGAUCCUGGCUAUUUAGUUAUUACCAUCUCGUCGUUGAUAUCUCGCACGCUUUGUCUGCACGCGCAAUAACCCCCAUUCCCCUGCCGCCAUUAUUUUUUUAGUAUAUUAUGUUAGUUUGUUUUCAUCGUUAUAGUGUCAAGAUAUCGACGAACAUGAUUUCACGGUUG